AGUUCUAGGAGGAGGAGGACCACAGAAAACCAACUGUGUGCGGGCAUCAUGGCUUCAUUAAUGUGGGUAGUGGUCUGCCUCGCUGCCAUCCUGUCUUCGGGACCUGUGGGAACUUUGGCACAGCCUCGGUCCCAGCGCUGGCAGAUCCUCUCAGACGGUCCUCCUGUCUCCCGACGGUCCCCGCAGGUCCAUCCAAGAAGCCGUGAGCGCUUCGAAGAUAUCGCAUCUAUUGAACAAACCUCUGACGAAGUGCCGAGUGCCGAGACUUUUCAGGAUUUCCAGCUGGAUGAUUACACAGUCCCGGACUUCCAGCAGCGGCGGGGCGUCCGAGCAGGUGCCGACAACCACCUGCCGCCGGAGGGACGGAGAGCUGGAGCUGGUGGCACUGAUUCCAGGUUUCAUGGCUAUCAGCCCUCUGACCAGCAGCUGCUGACCCCACUGCAGCGCAGAGAGUCUCCUGCAUCCAGCAGAACCAGUGCAGAACCAAAUUCUAACUGCAGAAAUCGGCCCAUAGACCUGGUCUUCAUUAUAGACAGUUCCCGUAGUGUGCGCCCCGCUGAGUUUGAAAAGGCCAAGGAGUUUCUACAGGACAUGGUGGACACCAUGGCUAUUGGCUCUGAUGCCACCCGAGUCGGCCUCGUCAAUUAUGCCAGCACAGUGCAGAUUGAGUUUCUGCUAAAGAAGUAUUUUGACAAGUCCUCCCUGAAGCAGGCAGUGGCCCGUGUUGAGCCCCUUGCUUCAGGCACCAUGACAGGCAUGGCCAUCAAGACCGCGAUGGAGAAGGCUUUCGCUGAGGAGGCAGGAGCUCGAACUGGCUCGAUGAACAUCGCCAAAGUGGCCAUCAUAGUGACAGACGGGAGGCCCCAGGAUAAGGUGGAGGAAGUGUCAGCAGCAGCACGAGAAUCGGGGAUUGAGAUCUACGCAGUGGGAGUAGACAGAGCUGAUAUGGCGUCCCUCCGGCUCAUGGCUAGCCCUCCACAUGAUGACCAUGUCUUCUAUGUGGAGACCUAUGGCGUCAUAGAGAAGCUCACUUCCAAAUUUAGGGAAACUUUUUGUGGUAAGGAUGAGGAUAAUGGAAGUGCUGAUAUUCCAAUAGAUGCUGGAAUUGAUGAUAACGGACUAGGCCUAGGUGGCAGGAAGGAUCGUUAUGGAAUAAAUAAUGAACGUGGCAAUAAGGGAGACAACGGUUCGGAUGCAUGUGCUAAGGGACACAAUUGUCAGUAUAUCUGUGUCAACAACGGCAACUCUUACAGCUGCAAGUGUCGCUCUGGCUAUGUCUUGAACCCGGACAAGACAACAUGCUCACGUUCAGAUACAUGUACCCAAGGACAUGACUGCCAACAUAUUUGUGUCAGCAGUGAUGACUCAUACAUCUGCAAAUGUCAAGUGGGAUAUGUGUUGAAUGCAGACCAGAAAACAUGCUCACGUUUGGAUAUAUGUUCCCAGGGACAUGACUGCCAACAUAUUUGUGUCAGCACUGAUGACUCGUACAUCUGUGAGUGUCGAAUGGGAUAUGUGUUAAAUGCAGACCGGAAAACAUGCUCAUAUUUGGAUACUUGUGACCAGGGACAUGACUGCCAACACACUUGUGUCAAAAAUGGUGACUAUUCUGUCUGCGUGUGUCACAGGGGAUAUGUGUUGAAUGCAGACAACAGAACAUGUUCACGUUCUGAUCCAUGUCCCCAUGGACAUAGGUGCCAGCACAUUUGUGAAAACAAUGAUGACUCGUACAUCUGCAAGUGUCGAUCAGGAUAUAUGUUAAAUGCAGACCAAAAAACGUGCUCACGUUCGGAUGUGUGCAUCCAGGAACAUGACUGCCAGCACAUUUGUGUCCCAAAGGGUGAAUCUUACCUUUGCAAAUGUCGAGAGGGCUAUGUGUUGAAUACAGACCAGAAAACAUGCUCACGUUUGGACAAAUGUGAUGAGAAACAUGACUGCCAACAUAUUUGUGUCAAAGAUGAUGAUUCAUACCUUUGCUCAUGCCAUGAGGGAUAUGUGUUAAAUGCAGACCAGAAAACAUGCUCACGUUCUGAUCCAUGUGGCUAUGGACAUGAUUGCCAGCACAUUUGUGUAAACGGUGGUGACUCAUACACCUGCAAAUGUCAAGUGGGAUAUAUGUUGAAUCCAGAUAAGAAAACAUGCUCACGGAUGGAUAUAUGUGCCCAUGGACAUGAUUGCCAGCACAUUUGUGUCAACAGUGGUGACUCUUAUGUCUGCAAGUGUCAAGUGGAAUAUGUUUUGAAUGCGGACCAGAAAACAUGCUCACGUGCAGGUUCAGAUGCAUGUGCCAAGGGACACGACUGCCAGCACAUAUGUGUCAACAAUGGGAACUCAUACACCUGCAAGUGUCAAGUGGGAUAUGUCCUGAAUAUGGACAAGAAAACCUGCUCACGUUCAGAUGCAUGUGCUCAGGGACAUGACUGCCAGCAUAUUUGUAUCAACAAUGGUGAUUCUUACAACUGCAAGUGUCGAGUGGGAUAUGUGUUGAAUGCAGACCACAGAACGUGUUCACAGGAAAUGAGAGGUGAAAUAACUCAAGACGCCUGCAUGUGUGAAGCUCAGAUUUUGUUCCAGAAAAAGGUGCAGUCAACUAUUCAGGAUCUGAACAGAAAGCUUGAUGAACUCUCAGACAAAGUGAACCUGAUUGAGGGCCAACGGCAAUAUUAGGAACAGUGAUGCCACCAGAAGACAUUUUCAGGACUGGCAAUGCAUCUAAUUUUCUCGACCAGUGGAAUUCAGCUGUAACCUACAAUAACCUAAUGUUUGAAUGAAAAUGUGCAUACUAUUCAUUUCUCAUGCAGUGUACUGCUGGCAGCAGUAUUGUUUUAUAUUAUAAAACUAUAUUGUUGCAUUUACAGCACAGUAUAAUCUGGUAUAACUGGUGUAAAGGGGUAUAUAUGCUUGUAUAAUUAAAAGAAAACAAACAUUUCCUGCUAACAGUCAUAGUCAUUGAACUCAGAUUCAAACUAUGUAAGAUAAUUAAGGAAUUUACAGAACGUGAAAAUUAUUUAUUUGGAAUUAACAUGUUGAAACUUCAGUCUACACUUUCGUAAAUGUUGUGUAAAUUAUGUUUGGAGGACAACAUUUCGUCACGUUCACAUGUUCUUGUUGUGUAUUCACUGCUUUUAAAGCAUUUCUUGAGCCAUGUAGUAUUGUGUUCUUAGCAGAACACAAAGUCUCCUUCCACAGGAUAGUACAACUAAUCUCUUAUGCAACAAGCGCAUUAUUUGUUUCAUUGCAGCUUUAGCUUGAAGAAAAGACCAAAAUAUAGUCUGAUCCAACUGGCCCAGGGUAUGUUAUAUCACAGGCAAUUACUAUAAUCCUAUUCUUUGAUUCAACAAUGUCAAUGUGUUUUUUUUGUUUUUUUUUGUACCAGGCAGGUACAGUUACUUAGGGGAAGACUAAAUACAGUUCAAGAAGUAUAAGGGUGACUGGACUGCUUCAGCACUUUGCACACUUGGCAAGUCCUGGAUAUUUUUUUCUGGCAGCAGUUCUAUUUUCAUUUUAAAGUUCUGGGAACAUGACGUGUCUUCUUCAUACAAUAUACAUGUACUGUAUGUUCUGCUUUGAUACAGCCAUGGUGCCUUUGUGUAAACUGACAGUAAUGUGUGUGAUGUAUUUUGUGCUUUUGUGAUACAAAAAACUUUACAUUUUCUACUAGGUAUAUAGCUGCACAUACAAAAUAAAUAUUCUGAAACUAUG